ACUUUUUAGCAUUUUGUGUAUGCAAUAAUAAGGCCAAGUCUUUAAUAAAAUACAUUCAAACUAACAAAGUCCGUUUAUUUUGCUCCAAUGAAUUGCAAGUUUUUAGAAUAAUUUACAAAGUUUUGAACAACUGUAAAUUACAUAUUCUGAAAGCCAUCGUGACAGGACAACUUGAAAAGUUGAUUAUACAAAGGACGAUGGAAGUGACGGACGUGCAACCGGCGAGCGACGCGGAGCUGCAGGAAUGCUUCCCGGAGCCGCCGCGCGGGCCGCUCACGGCCUUCAGGAAGAAGGCCUCCUUCGACUGGCGGCGCAUGAAACUCGCCUACGACUCCAUACAAGCUAUUAGAACAAAGAACAAAAUAUGGAGUUUCAUGGAGGAGCACCCGCUGUUCAAACAUACCGAGGCCACAAUGACUCUGGACGAGCAGAGACACGUCACCACCAAGCGCAUGUAUGUCAUCCACAGUGCAGACCUCGUGCCCUUGGAAGAGAUAGCCAUGCAUCCACGGUUGUUCCAAUCCUUCACUGAGGCCAUGUUCAUGUUUGAUAGCUCGUUGGCCAUCAAACUGUCCCUCACCUUCCGCAUGUUCUCCAAUACCAUCCGCGGCAGCGGACGAGACCACCACUUCCCGCUUAUAGAGGCGUGCGACUCGGGCAAGAUCGGCGGCUGCUUCGCGCUGACGGAGAUCGCGCACGGCUCCAACGCGAAGGGCAUGCGGACCACUGCCACAUAUGAUCCCGAACAGAAGUGCUUCAUACUGCACACGCCCGACUUCGAGGCCGCCAAGUGCUGGGUCGGCUCGCUGGGUAAGUGCGCGACGCACGCGAUCGUGUACGCGAUGCUGGUGUCGAAGGGCAAGAACCACGGCCUGCACGCGUUCGUGGUGCCCGUCCGCGACCCGCGCACGCUGCGGCCCCUCGCGGGGGUCACCGUCGGCGACCUCGGCGAGAAGGUCGGCCUCAACGGCGUCGACAACGGAUUGGUGAUGUUCAACAAGUACCGGCUGCCGCUGUCGGCGGCGCUGGACCGGCUCGGCGGCGUGGACGAGCGCGGCGAGUACCGCUCGCCCUUCCGGGACCCCGCCAAGCGGUUCGGGGCCUCGCUCGGCAUCCUUUCGGGUGGGCGCGUGCACAUAACAUCGAUCUCGACGAACUACCUGCAGAAGGCGGUAGUGAUCGCCGUGAGGUACUCCGCCGCGAGGAGACAGUUCGGGGAGGAGGGCGCCGCUGAGGAGACACCGGUACUACUCUACCAGCAGCAGCAAAUCCGGCUGUUGCCGUACCUGGCGGCCACGUUCGCGAUGCGCGCGUUCUGCAACUGGUUCGGGGAGACGCACGUGAGGAUGUCCAUCGAUAAUAUGAUGGGGUCGGAGAGUGCGGAGCUUGCGGCGGCGCGCGGGGUGGAGAUGCACGCGCUGUCGUCGGCCGCCAAGCCCGUGUGCGGCUGGACCGCGCGCGACGGCAUACAGAACUGCCGCGAGUGUUGCGGCGGACACGGAUAUCUUAAAGCCGCCGGCAUCGGCGAGCUUCGCAACGACAACGACGCCAACUGCACGUACGAGGGCGAGAACAGCAUGCUGCUGCAGCAGACCAGCAACUGGCUCCUCAAUGUUUGGGGCGGGAGAGAUCAACCGGGCUUCGCUGACACGCCGUUCGGCUCCAUACGGUUCCUCGCCGGGGCUCAGGGUCUCCUGGCCGAGACCUGCAAGUGGAACGGCGAGGAGAUCGUGCAACCGGCCAACGUGGUGCACAUGUACGCGUGGCUGACGACCUACAUGCUGAAGCUGACCGCGGAGAAGGUGUCACAACUCAAGGGCGAGGGCAAGAGCAGCUACCGAGUGAGGAACGACUCGCAGUCCUACACGGCCGUCACGUUGUCAGUGGUCUACGGGGAGCAUUUCAUCUUAAAUCACUUUUACAAAACGGCGCUCGCGUUCGAAGAUGCGGCGUGCAGAGCCGUGCUGCUGAAACUGGUGGCGCUGUACGGCGCCUUCAUGCUCGAGAGGCACAUGGCCACUUUGUACAUUGGCGGGUUCUUCUCCGCGAACCAAGGCUUGCUCCUCCGGGAGGGCAUCCUGUCGCUGUGUGCGACGCUGUCGGCGGAGGCCGUGAGUCUAGCCGACUCCCUCGCACCGCCCGACUGGUGCCUCCACUCCGUGCUCGGAUAUGCCGACGGAGAGGUGUACAAGCACAUCCAGGACGGCAUCCUCACGUGCCCCGGAGCCCUGGCGCGGCCGCAGUGGUGGCGCGACGUCGUGCAUUGGGACACCUACGUCCCCUCCAAGCUGUAGACACACACACAACACACACACACACACACACACACACAAACACAGCUGGUAGAGUCCAUAAAAUACAAGGCGACAUCCACAAUUCAUAAGUUAAUACCUUCCGGGUGCGAUAUGCAUUACUGAAUUGACAAAAAAAAACCUAAGCAUAUUUUUAUUUGCCUCUGACUUGAUAAAAAUGUACAACAAUUAUUGUAAUAGCACUUUUAAAUGAACAAAAAUACUUCAAAACAAACCUUUCCUAUAUUGACCAAUCUUUAUCUUCUAAGUCCAAUACUAUAUAAUGUAAUUAUCAUAUUAGCUACUGACAAGCGAUGUGUGAUGCGUUCCAUUGUUAUUUACUCGUAUAUUUUGUAAUAAAAUGAAAGAAUAAUAAAAACCUAAAAAUAAUAAAAUACCUGUUGUAUUUCUAUCUGUCCCCGCCUCGGCCACGUGAUGUGGGGACAGACGUUAAUAUUGGGAAUACGACGUACAGUGGCGCCAAAAUUACUUAUUUUAUUGAUUCUGUUCAAUAUUGAAUUAUACUAUGUAUUUUUAUUUGUUACUAAAAUGACAGCUGUUUUUAAAAUAUUCAGAAUGAUGCUCGAUAUUUGUUUUGUUACGUAUAACGUACUUUAAGUUACACUUAGUUAUAAG